CGUAGUUGCGCCCCUGGAGAUACAAGUGUAAGACAAGACUUCUUCGGAAGACAUUCGUCAGUUAUUGAUCGAUCAGUCAAGAAGUGGAUGGUAUAGCGAUUGUUCAGUCGAAAUGGUUUGCCAUAACAAUGAAAGUUUUUUGCAACAAUCUAGUCGAUAUUUUUUUAAACAAUUUACGGUUGGGAGGAAGGGGAUUCGAAAAUUGGUGACAGGAUGACAGCGCACAAUGAUAGAAACGAGUAGGGAAGUUCGGCGUAUGCAGAGAUAGGUUUUAUAGCAAGUUAAUAUGAUAGAGAGCGGAAAGAAGAAAGAAGCAAAUUAAUAGCUAAUAAAAAUAGAAUCCACAGCUAUAAAGCAAAAUGUAAAUGAAAUGUAAAUUUACUUAUUUUAAACGCUCAUUUUACUAUUAUUCAGUUGAAUUAUAUUGAAUUUUUCAUUUAUUGUUGGUAAAGAAUCGUUAUUCAAGAUGAGUCACAGUACAGUAAGAUUCGUAUCCAGUAUGAUUUUAAAAUUAUAAUCGAGUUGCGCCAGGUUGAAACUCAUAAAUAAACUACAGAAUACUCGAUUUGAAAAUAAACUACAGAAACUCAUAAAAAGUUGAUGCUUGUAUGUUGGAGUAGCUCGGCAAAGCUAAUUAAGGUCUUGAAGAAAAUUUGGUUUCCACUGAGCUCUUUGAGUAAUGGGGCAUACACAGUGUAUUUUCUGAGUUUUUUGUUAGACUGGCCUUUUCCUUUCUAUAACUUAUACAAAACAUCUGAGUUUUAAGGUAAACUUUCCAAGCCCUCUUUAAUUUUCACUGCUGAUGAAGGCAUCGAAAGCAAUAAUAGUAUUUCUUAUGUCACCUUUAAGUCUCUGCUUCAUAGUCGAACUGAGUUCUACUAAAAAAGUUUUCAUAGAAAAAAUUUGGAAAGGUUUUUUGUAUCAAAUGCUACUACGAAUUUUCAUAUUUCCUCCACCUUAACUGUUUGAUUCUGUUUCAAAAUACAAUACCUCUAUCUAUAUACGAACGUUUGGAUUGAAAGAAAUCAUUUCAAUGGGUCUCUGUCACGAAGUGCUGAUUCAGCACGUAACAUCAACAACAAUCUAAGGGAAAUGGCUGCUGAAUUGUGAAGUGUGCCUUGGGUUCACAGGCGAAAAAGGAAACUUUAUGCUAAGAAGACCAUAACCAGAGCAUAAAAUCUGAUGGAAAGUAAUUAUAGAUAUUCAAGCACUGUAUUUGCUUGUGAAACAUCAAGUGAUGAUCGUUUUAUAAGAUGUGAUUUUCACAAAUGUAAAAAGCAUGGCAAGGACCUUAACAAAGAACCAGAAUGGCUCCUUAAUACUCCAAAGAAUGUGAAGAUAUUGGAGCAGCAUGUGGGCCAGGAAAUCUUUCAUUACAUUAAAGAGUAUGAAGAAACCAACAAGUGUCUGGAUAGAAAACUUUGUGAAAGCAAUGUGGAUCUUCUAAUCAAGCCACAUGAACUGCACAGGUUUUCAAUGAUAAUAGUUUGCCUUAAUUUACGAGAUCACCAGGCAGAGCUUGGUUUGUGGAUCCAGGCAUUUGUAAAUGCUGCAUCUGUAGAAAAUGGCCAGUCUAUUUGCCUGAUUACAUUAUCAUUUGGCAGCAGAAAAGAGCUACUAGAAUGUGUAUCAAGACUUUCUGCAAUUAAACAGACAUCCAGUAACACUGAAGUUAUGGUGAUUUUGAGCUGCCAUUCCAGCAAUCAAGGCCAGGUGUUUUCUUGUACGCCCACUGGCAUUAGUUUGAGUGGGAAGUUUGAAGAAUUCUGCUCUUUGCACGAUUUCGUUCGCACAUGUCAUGAUGUUCUUGGUUCUCUGCUUAAAAUCAUUCAUAUUUCGUCUUGUUUCACUUUGAAACUCGAUGAUUCCUUGACGGAUUGGCCUGUUCCGUACUCUUGGUAUAAGAAGCACUUGAACUGUAUACUAUCCGGAAGUACAAAAGAGGUUUAUGAAACUGGCUCACAAGUUGCUGAUUUGUAUCUGCUUUUAUCCGUACUAAAAAACCAAAACAAAGGUUUGAAAUCAAGCUUUGAGAUAGCUAUUCGUAGAGCCGUCGAUACCGAUUGGCCGGAUCUUGCAAAAGAAAUGGGACUAACAAUUAUGGAUAUGAAAUAUGUUGAAAAUGCAGUAAAGAUUUCUGCUACAGAAGACCGGGUAACACCCCCUGGAAUUGUCUUUUCCCCAGUUCAUGUCAUAUUGGUUACGAUGUCUUCUGGAUCUCUUGAAGAUCAACUGCUUUCAGAUGCUAUAGUAAAAAAUCUCAGAGUAAGAAAAUCGGCAGACUUCAAUGCAAGUUUUUCACAGAUUUCUCUUAAAGAAUGCAAAGACGACACAACAUCAUACAAUCAGCAGCUAGAGACUAGAAUAAAGGAAAGAAUUAGUGACAGUUCUCGGGAACUCUUCUUUGUUUUUAUUGGAACAAGUUUUGCAAAGAUCUCAACUUCUAUUGCAAGGCAUAUAAAAGAUUUUUGCUGUAGACAUCAUUGGGAAGUCUAUGGACUGCAUUUCCAAAAUAUGACACUGCUAACUUGGAAGGCUUUGUCAAACUGUUUUUCCAAAAAGGCUUUUACUGAAUGCCACUCUUGUAGUGGGACAAAAGAGACUUCCUUUCCAAUUACUGGGCUGCUGAACACAACUGCAACUUACGUUGAAAGAUACCCAUUAUUGUUGUAUAUAGUGCAUUUGGCUAUAGGGGAGAAUGGCCUUCGUAGAUUAAAGAAGGAAGAACCUCAUGGUAACGGAACCAAAAAAACUCCUUCUAAGUGGACAUUGGUUGAUGUUUAUAUGGAAGCGAGUUUUGUUUUAUCUGGACUGAGUAUGAAAUGCGACCUCAGUAUCAUAUCUCUGUUAAAAACUCGCUGCUCAUGCAAACCAAAUGAAAGCGAGGUUCGGGUAUCUGACCAGAAAGCCAAGGAUUCUGGAUUUCAUUUUCCCUUAGGGAAGCCAACUGAAAAAGGAACACAACAAAAUCAUGACUUGAUACCUGAGGUACCUGAAGCAGCAAUGGAGCCUCUAGAUGCGCAAUUGUGCAAUCGAGACUACUCUCAUUCUUAUGAUAGCAGAAACAACUCAGGUUCAAAGAUUUGUCAUGUAUCUCCCUCUAUGGAAAUUGAAACUAAAGCACCCUUCUAUGCUCAAGCAGAGCAAAGCAAUAGAAACCGCCAGAAAAGAAAGCACGAUGAGUCAGAUAGUGAGUCAAAGGUUGAUGCGAGAAGCCUCUUAUUUAAUACUGGCUCGGCUAAUGCGGAAAGCUAUAGCUCUCUUUCUUCGUGUAAUGUCGGCUAUGAUGAAAUGUCUAUGAAAGACAGCAUUGAUACUGGUUCAGAAAAUUUUUCGUCUUUGAAACUGCAAAAGGUUGAGAUGGAAUUUCUACAAAAGCCUUGUAGAGACGAAUCAACCAAAAUUGCUUCUGAAGUAGGUGAAAAGAAAACUAUAACAAGUAAUUUUGUAGGUGACUUGAGGAUAAAAGAUAGUCUUGAAGCAAAAUCAGAUCCAUCGUGUUCAGACCUGGACUUAGAACACAAUGAUUUGUAUGGUGAAAGCCUAAAUAAAGCAUCGUUUUUGUCACCAGGAGACAAAACCUUAGCUGGGAUUGACAAAGAAGUAGCAGUCAAUGCGUACAAGCCUAUUGCAACAGAAAGCUGGAGUCAAUCGAGAGACCUCCCUCUAAUGGCAAACGUUGAUGACGUUUUGGUUACGCAUUACAUUUUAGAUCUUGAUGUCGAUUUUCAGGCAAAGGUAAUCGCUGGAACAAUAGUAUUGUUUUUAAAGCCGGCCAGAGUGGAUGUGGAUGAAUGCAAUUUUCAAAUGUGCCUUGACAGUACUAUGGUGACUGUUGAAGCUGCAGAGGAGAUCACUAUACCUGAUGAUUUAGAAAUACAUUUUCAUGAGCAGAAGUGUUGCUGUGCAGGAAUCAAACAAUCACUUGAUCAAUCACUUGAGCAGCAUACUUCAGGAAGUUCAAAAGGUCCAGAACCAUCAAACUGCUCUGACGACAAAUAUUGCAGCGAAACUUGCAGUGAAGGAAAUGGAAAUUCUUUUGAGUCGGAAGAUGACUUUUUAAGUUGUAAGCACUGCAGGUUUUUGCUAGAUUUGAGGAAAUCGCAUGGCAAAAAAUCGUUAUUAAAGAUGAAGAAAUUAUCUUAUUCUAUUCAUGGAUGGUGCAUAAGAGUUUGGAAAGAAGGUGAAGAUGCAAACAUUUGGCCUGAAUGUGUUAAAAUCAGAUACCAUACGAACCCUGAGGGACAAUCGAUUAUGUGGGCUAAGGAUCAAGAUGGGAAUGAUGCAGUUUUCACACCAGGUGCUUACAUCAACAACCGCUCGUUAAUGCCAUGUCAAGAGCCGCCCGUCGCAAUGUCAACCUGGCAAGCUUAUUUCAAUGUCAAAAAUGGCGCAACGGUGUUGACAAGUGGUGACCGGUAUCUUUGUAAAGAGGCUCUUUUGAGAAAACAUUUUGUCGAGCAAGGCCUGUUCUACUAUGAAAUGUCCAUGCCACUGCCUUGUUCCACGUUGGCAAUUGCAAUUGGGUCGUACGACAAAUCUCAAAUCUCAGUCGAUGUUUGUACCGGGCUGUCGGGGAAAGUUGUCCCGGUUUCGAUGUAUGCUCCCAAAUCGUUGAUUGGCAGGUUUGCUAAUGAAUUUCAAGACUUGGCUUGCGAUUAUCUCACUGCUGCUUCUGGCUUGCUCGGGGAAUACCCUUUCAGUAGACUGGACCUUGUAUUGAUGCCCAGAUGCUUCGCUUGUAUGGGGCUUGAAAGCCCAAAUGUUGCAUUUCUGUCUCAAUCUCUUCUUUGUGGUGAUCGAAGCAUGUCAAUACGAAUAGCUCAUGAAAUCUCACAUGCCUGGUUUGGCCUUCUCGUUGGGGUGAAAGACUGGACUGAAGAAUGGCUCAGUGAGGGGUUUGCCACUUAUUCUGAAGAGAGAAUUCAAGCAAAAGCUGAAAUGUUGCCAGCAAACGAAUGCAUCAAUCGCAUGCGACUUCGUCAAUCUAUCAGAUAUCGUUCAUUGCAAGCUGAACUUUCUCAGGCAGAAGAGAACCUUAAAACUUUGAGGCCACGCCCAUCAUCAACCGGUUAUAUCUCAGCCGUUGAAGCUGUAAAUAGAAGCAUUACGAACGGAAGCCAAGAUGAACCCAGUCCACACACUGUUUUUAGAGGCGCCUUAAUUCCAUCUAGAAAAUGGACCCAAGUUCAUUAUAUGAAAGGCUACUUCCUUUUGUAUCAUUUGACUGAAAUGGUUGGACAAGAUGAUUUUGAUAAAUUUCUUGUAAAAUACAUCAGGAGGUACCGAGAAUGUCUUGUCUCGUCAGAAAUGUUUUUCAGCAUGUUUGCAGAUGAAUUCAAGAUAAAUCAGGCAGAAAAAGAGCGUCUUAUGAAAGAAUGGUUGGAAACUGUUGGAAUGCCGAAGGAUACCGAAGACAUGCUUGCCAGAAGUCCAGGGUUUUAUGUACUGCAAGUAAACGAAAAGUUCCAAGAUUGGAAAAGGCAUGAUACCGGAAAUAAAAGAUGCAAAACACUGAAGAUGAAGAGGAGAAAAGUUUCGCUAAAGCUGAUGAACGAACCAGCAUUGACUGCAGAUGCGAUAAUCCUGCUACUAGAAAGACUUUUGGAGAGAAAAACACUGGCAAAUCAAACACUGAAAGACCUUCAACAAACAUACUCAUUGAAUUGUUGUAAUGCCGAGAUUCGACAUCGUUGGUGUGAGCUAAUUGUAAAGCACAGGUAUACAAAAGAAUACGGACAAGUCAGACGGUUUUUGAUUGAAGAUCAGGGUAUGGGGAUAUACUUAUUCGGAGAGCUGCUAAUUUCACAAGAUAAAGUCCAGAAAAAAUUGGCAGAGGAUGUCUACAGCUGCAUUAAAGAUGAGAUGGAUGUUUGUACUUUUCAAACCGUUUAUGAAAUGCUAAAUGGUAUAUGAUAUGAUAAUUAGAUAAUUCAAUAAUUUAUUUCAUAAAGAUUUAUAAUUAAUUUUGGCAGCCAUUCUCGCAUAACUACAAAGGAGAUAUUAAUUAUGUGUUCUGUUGUGGCUGCUGCAGUAUUAAGGGGUUCAGGGAUAAGUUUGCAUAUGAUAAACAACUUGUUGUAACAAGCCUUCGCCAACAAAAACAUAGUCGCAGUAUAGUUAUGUGCUCAGUAUAUGUUGGUGAAAGUAAAUAUUCCAGGCGUAGGAAU